AUGCUGGAUUUUAAGGCCUACUUGGAUAGGAAUGGACUUGAAGAUAUGAGAUUUAUUGGGGUUUUUCACACUUGGUCUAAUGGUAGUUUUGGUUGUGCAAACAUCUCUAGAAAGCUAGAUAGAGUUCUAGUUAAAUUCUCUUGGAUUUCUCUCUUCCCACAGGCUGAAUACAAAUUUUUGCCACAUGGUAUCUCUGAUCACUCUCUAAUGGUGAUUAGAUUUGGUGACCUUAUCCCUAAAAAGAACAUACCUUUAGGGUUCUUUAACUUUUGGACCCUUGACCCGUCCUUUUUACACCUUGUUUCAACUGAGUGGCAAAAGGAAAUUCAUGGUACCAAGAUGUUUGUCCUUGUACAAAAACUAAGAGUAAUGAAAAUUCCACUCAAACAAUUGAACAAAGCCUCUUAUAGUAACAUAUCAGCAAGAGUUACAGCCUACAGGGAUGAACUCUAUCUCUGCCAAAAAAACCUUAACCUCAGCCCAGCUGAUGACUCUCUUAGAUUGACUGAGAAUGAGCUUUCAACUAAGUUCACUGAGCUUUCCCUUGCUGAGGAAUUGUUUUACAAAUAA